ACAAUCUCAAUUAAGCUACCUUUAGUGCGUAGUACUCUAGAGCAAGAAGCAAAACAGGUUUGAACUAAUUGAGUUUGUUUUUGUUUCUAACACUCUAAAUUAACUAAUUUGAAUGGAGGGAGGGAGAGGAGUUGUGAAUGGAAACCCUUCAAACGCAGAGGUUCGGUACAGAGGUAUUCGUAGGAGGCCAUGGGGGAAGUUUGCAGCAGAGAUUCGUGACCCCACGAUAAAAGGCACUCGAAUAUGGCUUGGAACCUUUGACACUGCUGAACAAGCAGCACGUGCUUAUGAUACUGCUGCUUUUCAUUUUAGGGGUCACAAGGCCAUACUCAAUUUCCCAAAUGAGUAUGGUCACGUGACUCCUGAUCAAAAUUCUUCCACUUCAUUGCCUCUUCCUUUGUCCUCUUCUUCUUCUUCCCCUUACUACCCUCAACAACAACAACAAGGAAAUGAUGAUGACACUUUUGAAUUGGAAUGCUUGGACAAUAAGUUUUUGGAAGAACUCCUUCAGCAGGCGCCUGAUCGUUCAGGCAACCGAUCAAAUUAACUACUAGCUAGCUGCUGGAGAGAGUGGUCCUGCUUGAAUUAUGUGUAUUAAAUUCACACGCAACAAAUUCAAACGAUCCGUGUGGUUUCUAUCUUUUGUUUUUGUUAAUGUUUCUCAAAGUUAAAGCUAUUUCAAACCUGCAGAUUGGUUAUUAUCAUAAUUGUAGAAUUUAGGUCACACAAAUAAAGAGUAUCUUUAAUGUUGUGGAAA